AUGCUCACCUUUGCCGGCCGCCCCAAGUCAUCAGUCUUUGGCAGCCAUCGUACAGAUACCAGUCCGCAUAUGGAUGGUGAAGGAGGUGGAGGAGGAGGCGGAAAAGGAGGAGGAACAUCGUCCCGAUUCAAGCGGCUCUCGUUCAUGAUGCAUUCGCCGCGUCUUGCUCAUAGCUCCGACUCAGAUUUGUUGCCCAUGUCUUCUGUGCCGCCAAAGGGUGUCCAACCUGAUGCCAAGCUGGCUACCAAGACGACCAAGACGGUUGCCAAGAUCAACACCGAGAUGGACACGACCAAGCCUGUCGAUGCGAAAUUCGACACCACGCUUGAUGCUUCGGCUUCCUACUUUUCCCCGCCAUCUAAACUCGAAACGAAGCAAGGGUCCAGUGAAGAUGUUUUGCCGGCUGACGCGAGGAAAGCCUCAAUAUCGUUCCCGGACGAGUUGCCGAAGCCCGAUCAUUCGCCUUCAGAUCGAACGCCCACCGAUGCGCUUUCAGAGAGCUCCUUUGGGCGGAAAUCGUCUGUUUCAUCCGUUUCAUUCCGACGCUCGAGGAACCCGUCCGUCGCACCUAGCACUUCUAAGCAAACUGCUCAUGGCUUGCGCAUUCGAAAUGCGUCUCCGCCGCCUCAACGGUAA